GCUGCAAGGUCCAAGAAGAAGAAGAAGAAGACCCCAGCGAGGAAAAUGUGCUGGAGACCCCUGUGCCGGUUCCUGUGGCUUUGGUCCUAUCUGUCCUAUGUUCAAGCUGUGCCUAUCCACAAAGUCCAGGAUGACACCAAAACCCUCAUCAAGACCAUUGUCACCAGGAUCAAUGACAUUUCACACACGCAGUCGGUCUCCGCCAGGCAGAGGGUCACCGGUUUGGACUUCAUUCCCGGGCUUCACCCCAUUCUGAGUUUGUCCAAGAUGGACCAGACCCUGGCAGUCUAUCAACAGAUCCUCACCAGCUUGCCUUCCCAAAACGUGCUGCAGAUAGCUCAUGACCUGGAGAACCUGCGAGACCUCCUCCAUCUGCUGGCCUUCUCCAAGAGCUGCUCCCUGCCGCAGACCCGUGGCCUGCAGAAGCCCGAGAGCCUGGAUGGCGUCCUGGAAGCCUCGCUCUACUCCACAGAGGUGGUGGCUCUGAGCAGGCUUCAGGGCUCUCUGCAGGACAUUCUUCAACAGUUGGACCUUAGCCCUGAAUGCUGAGGUUUCCAAGACCACCGGGCUCCCGAGGAUCAUGUUGAGGGAAGAAACCUUGGCUCCCGGGUAUCCUCAGGAGAAGAGAGCCAUGCGUUCAUGCCCCUCAUCCAGGACCCCGUCCGUUUUUCCUACUCUCUAGACCGCCCUUCCAAAGGCAUGGCUCUGCAAGGCUUGACUAAAGUUAUCCGCACGAUCCCAUGAGCACUAGGAGGGGAUUGACGCCUUGAAGAGGGGAUUCUCACCUGGUUCUUCGGCAAAUAUAGAUAAGAGCCGCCCUGUCCCCUCCGUGUUCCACCUCCUCUGGGUGCGUGCUUCACUGUGGCCCAGCGGAUGUGAGGAAGGGGUGGGUGGAGCCUCUGGACUGUCUCAGAGUCUUUGGGAGCACCAUGAAGGCUACAUCUGCACACAGCUGGAAACUCCCAAAGCAGCACAUGCUGGAAGACGCACUUAUUUAUUUAUUCUGCAUUUUAUUUUGGAUGGAUUUGAAGCAAAGCAUCGGCUUUUUCAGGCUUUGGGGUCGGCUGGGGCUAGGAAGGCUCCUGGGGUGCUGUUUUCAAUCCUACUGAUGGGUCUUGCCCGAGGCAAACCUACUUUUUGAGUGACUGGAAGGAAGGUUGGGAGUCUUCCAAACAAGAGUCUAUGCAGGUAGCUCUCAAGCUUGUCCUCUGGUGGCUGGUUUUGUUUCUGCUGUGACUGACUCUAUGCAAACACGUUUGCCGUGGCGUUGCCUGGAGCGCAGGCUAGGUUAUUAUGAAAAGAAGAUGAAUUUUGUCAAGUGUAAUAUGCAUCUAUGUGCACCUGAGGGUAGGGGAUGUGUCAGAGGGAGAGAGAAGGAACCAGAAGCAUUCUCUGAAUAACAGAGCUGUGGUGGACUUUUCUGAAAAGGUGAGGCAUUUUCUCACCUCUGCAGCCACAUAGUGUGGCUUUGUGAAAAGGACAAAGGAGUUGACUCUUUUAGGGACCUUUGAAGUAUACCAGGCACCCUUAGAGGGGGCUAAAGUUACAGGCCUUUUGUUGGCAUAUUGCUGAGCUCAGGGAGUAAGGGCCCCACAUUGGAGACAGUGAGCCCCAAGAAAACGGUCCCUGGUGUAGCCCUCCAAAGUUGCCCAGGGUUGAUCCCACAAUGCAUUUCUUAAGCAGGUAGAUGUUUGCCUGUCAAUAUGUGGUUCUCGUCUGAUUGGUUCAUCCAAAGUAAAACCAGGUCUCCCACCCAUUCUGUGGGGCAGUUUUGUUCCAGUGGGAAUGAGAAAUCACUCAGCAGAUGGUCCUGAGCUCUGGGCCAGCACUCCUGAGGAAGUGCCAGGGCCUCGGGCCAGGCUGCCAGAAUUGCCCUUCGGGCUGGAGGAUGAACAAAGGGGCUUGGGUUUUUCCACCACCCCUGCACCCUUGUGUCACCAUCCAGUUGUGGGUGGCAGAUCAAUGCAAGAAAACUUGAUCGAACGCAAUACACUUUUAAGACUGAGCACAGUUCUGUGCUCAGCCCUGACUGGUGCUGUGGGCUAGAGAAGCUCACCAAAUAAACAUAAAAAUCAGAGGCUUUUGUCCCUGCGGUCAGACCCUACUCAACGGCGUGCCAAGGCGCGUACUUCGCCGCAGCAGCCCCACACAGUUGAAAAUACAGUGCUGUCUUCAACAGAGGAGAAAGGACCUGAGCUGGGGGUGGCAGUGCCCAGGGGACCCCUGCUUACAGUCUAUAGCAUCGCCAUACCUUUCAGGGCACAUUAGCGUCCACGGCUAUCGUAGCACAUUGUUGACACAGGAUAACUGAGAUCGUAAAAAUAAGAAAAUACAGGUUGACUGUCCCUUAUCCAAAGUGCUCGGGACUAGAAGAAGGGUUUUGGAUUUUAGAGUCUUUCCAGGCAUAGGUAUAUUUGAGUAUAUAUAAUGAGAUAUCUUGGGGGUGGGACCCAAGUAUAAACAUGAAGCUCAUUUAUAUUUCAUAAUACCGUAUACACACUGCUUGAAGGUAGUUUUAUACAGUGUUUUAAAUAAUGUUGUGUGCAUGAAAGAAGUUUUCACAGCGUGAAAUUUUCUUCUCGUGGCAUCAUGUCUGCACUCAAAAACCCUUCAGGUUUUGGAGCGUUUUGGAUCUGUUAAGAGAUGUUUAGCCUAUACCUAAAGCUAUAAUGGCAAACAGGUUGCAGGACCAGACCAGACCCUGGAUCCUCAGCCCUGUGAAGUGUGUCCUUCCAGCCAGGUGGAGGUGAACUGGAUCGGGUUUUGUGGUGCUGACUUAAAGAGAGGAAUUUGAGGUAGAUUUUGGAGGAGCUGAGGGAUGUGAUGUUGUUUUAUUAGACAGUGGGUAUGUGGAGGGGUGAGAGUCGGAACAGGAUGUGACAGGGAAGACCGAAAAGAACGGGACAGAACAACAGGAAGUGCUGAGAGGACUUUGUGGGCCGAGAAAGUGGCUAUUGAAAGAGUUCCAAGUGCCACAGUCUGGAGCGAAGGCUUGUGGUAGCUGGUGUCAUGGCUGGUGUCAGACUGCUCUGGGGUAGCGCUAUGUCACCUUGGCCACCUCAUCAAGCUGGAAUGUCCUGAUCCUUUUGCUCAGAAAACCUUGCACUGUGGCUUGUUCCCAGAUUGUGAAACUUCCCAUAUGCAAAAAUGCUUGGUUUGGGUUUUGUUCUUUUGUUGUUGUUGUUUUUGUUUUUAAAUAUAUGUGUAACAACAGCAACAACAAACUUUUGUCUUAUUUUGUGCAAAUUCAAAUAAAUGAAUGAUGCCUC